AUGGCCAACAAGAUUAGCCCGGAGGUUUGGCUUGUCUUUCUGACACCGGAGAUUUAUGCGAACGAGAAACACUUGAAAUCUUUUGCAUCAUUACCAUAUGAUGAGGAACGCAAGACGUGCUUUCAAUACACUUACAUCGCAUGGCUUGAAACCCCUGGGGCCUUGGAUUUCAUCAUUGCCAAGGUUCAGAAAAAAGAUGAACGUGUUAAAAGCACUUGA